AUGAACAACCACCCUCUCGACCAACUGGAUGCUAAUGUCCCUGACAAAGACAUCUCCAACACCGCUCCACCUCCUCUCAGGAAGCGCGAUAAGGUUCUCAAGUUCUUUGGCAUCCCCAAAUCCUCGGCCAAGGUCAAGGUCAAGUCUUCGACUCAGUCGUUGGACUCUCAGGAUCCCUCCCAGCAGUCAACCCAAUCAUUUGGUGCCUCUCAGGUCGACGACAAUGAGGACAACCCUUUGCCGCAGCUGCCGGCUGAGAACUUUCUCCGCUCAGUCAUCUUCCCAGAGAAUAUCGCCAAACCCGCGGUCAAGACUGCACUGCCAGGCCUCCAGAAUCGCAUUGAAAGGACUGAGCAAUUGCUCUAUCGCAAUAUGCUUCUUCGCCAGGAUUCAGUCAUCUCUUCUCCAUUAAGUUCGGGAGAAGAGAAAACGACUGAUGAUCUCGCCGACGCUCCCCAGGAGCCCACCCUUGACAAGGCUGAACAAAAGUGGCUGACAAAGGUCAAGGAGGACCCAGUGGCGCAAGAUCGUAUGCAAUGGCUCGUUACCAAGAUGGUCGAGGCAUUCAUCGCGGACGCCACCAAGGACUCGACUAAAGUUGCUGAGAUUGUCGCUCUUGGACCUGUUCUGCAGGAGGAGCCCUACCGCAAGUUGCUGUCAUCGUUCAUCCGUGACUUUGGCGAUUCUCGCAUUCUGGACGUCAGUCUGCUCCAAGGUCUUGUCCAGCUGGUCCAAUCUGCCUCGCCUGGGUUUCUCGUUUCUGAUGACUUGGUCAAAGUCCUCAGCCUCCUCAGGACCCAUUUGGAGGACACGCACCAGCACUCAUCUGAGCACCUUUGCCACCUCACACUGGCUGUCUCCAGGAUCCUCGAUGUCAUGGCUGAUCACAAGGUCCAGGACUUGAACCGAGUCGUGGAGCACGAGCCAUUGUCCGCCAUUCUGUCAGGACUGAGGGAAAGCUCUGAUCCCUAUUUGAUGUAUCAGGCUUGCUACGCCUUCCAAGCGCUUCAGUAUGUGCCUGAUGAUGAGACUGUUCUGCAGGCAGUAUUGAGGCACUCGACCGGAGUUGUGGAUGGCUUGGUCAAGGUCACAAGUGUCCUCAAGUUGGAUUUGGGGUCGGUUCUAGAAGGACUGGAGAAGUUGCAGGAGGUGGCGGUCAGUGCGAUUGGAAUCGCCUCUACUGUUUAUGAGGGCGUGGGAUCGUUGCGUGAAAGCGGUCGAGGGGUUUUGGAAAGUCUGAAGGAAGGUCUUGGAUCUGGUCAGAAGAAGCCAUGGUAUCCUGCCGUCCGUGCUGCGCAUGCCUUCGUCCAAGCCGGCCAGUUGAAGGAUCUGAAGCAGCUGAUCUACGAGGCACCCUGUCGCCAGGAUCCCCUGUUCCAGUGGGGUAUUUGCCAGCUGCUGGGUGCGAUUGCAGUCGACACUGUAUGGGCUAUUGCCAUACGCCAGCAAGCCAUUGACCUUCUUGGUUAUCUCUACAAGGAGGAUCAGGAAUGGGGCCAUGAUGAGAGCGUCAAGACAUGGAUGGUGACUAUCUUCGGUACAUUGGUAUCCACCCCUAACGAAGCCGUCAACAAACGUGCCGUUGCCUUGUUCCAGAAACUUGACUCCAAUAACACUCCCAAGACUCAGCACCCUUACCCAUUGAGAUCCCACCUCCCGAUCCCUGACUCGUCUCCGAUCCUCGCCAAGGUCCAGAAGAUCCCUUACAUGGAGUACGAACUCUACAAGCUCCAAAUGCAGCGACUCGACGAUGCCAAACUGUCCAUCUACAUCUCUCCUAUGGCCAAGGCCAACCUUCAAGCUCAGGACAACGAGGCGUUCCCACUCAUGGAAAAGAUGCAGGAAUUCCUGGCCAGUGACCGGCAGGUCAUGUUGAUUCUGGGAGACUCUGGAGCUGGCAAGUCGACUUUCAACAAGCAUCUCGAGCAUCGACUUUGGACAGAGUACAAGCGCGGCGGGCCUAUUCCGCUCUUCAUCAACCUCCCAGCCCUUCAGAAUCCGCUCAAGGAUCUGAUGGGUGAGCAAUUGAGGGAGCACAACUUUUCGGAGGAGCAGAUCCAGGAACUGAAGCAACAUCGACAGUUCAUUGUCAUCUGCGAUGGAUACGACGAGAGCCAGCUCACUGUCAACAUUCACAACUCCAACAACCUCAACACUUCUGGACAAUGGAAUGUCAAGCUUGUUAUCAGUUGCAGGAGCCAGUACCUUGGCCGAGACUACCGCGACCGGUUUGUACCCAAUGGAGGUGGCCAUUACAACCGCCCUAGCGUCGAUCUGUUCCAAGAGGCCGUGAUCGCCCCUUUUUCGACAGAGCAGAUCAAGGACUAUGUCGAGCAAUAUGUUCCCCUCGAGCCAAGGUCCUGGCGCGCGGAGGACUACAUAGACAAGCUGACGACCAUUCCAAACCUCAUGGACCUAGUCAAGAAUCCGUUCCUGCUCUCACUCGCGUUGGAGGCACUGCCAGGCGUCGUUGAAGGCAAGCAGGAUCUGUCGACUAUCAAGAUCACCCGUGCUCAGCUCUACGACACAUUUGUGGAGCACUGGAGCAAUGUCAAUAAGCGCCGACUUCAGAGCAACACCUUGUCCACUGCAGAUCGUGACGUCUUUGAAGACCUUAAGGAGGCGGGGUUUACUUCGACAAGCAUUGACUACUCUACACGACUAGCGCUGGCGAUCUUUGAGCAGCAGGAUGGGAAUCCGAUUGUCCAGUAUGUCCACCACAAGGAUAAGGAUACGUGGAGAGCCGAGUUCUUUGGAAAGGACCCGGAGGCCCGACUCCUACAAGAUUCGAGCCCUUUGGCCCGCACCGGCAACUUGCACCGCUUCCUUCAUCGAUCCAUGCUUGAGUAUUUUUUCUCGCGUGCUAUCUUUGAUCCAAGCAAUCAUGGCGGCGACGAUGAAUCGACCCUCCAGAUGAAUCCUAUCUCGUCUGACGACCAGUUAAUCGACACCAACGGCCCUUUGUUCACGAGGAACCUUCUCACUGAGCCCUCUGUGAUCCAGUUUUUGAGCGAUCGCGUGAAACAGAGUACCAUGUUCAAGCAGUAUUUCCUAGCAGUCGUCGAGUUAUCCAAGUCAAACGACCAGGCGAGCCAAGCUGCGGCUAACGCCAUUACUAUCCUGGUCCGAGCUGGUGUGCAAUUUCAUGGAGCUGAUCUUCGAGGCAUUCGCAUUCCAAGAGCGGAUCUUACCGGUGGGCAGUUUGACUCUGCACAACUACAGGAUGCCGACUUGACAGGUGUCAAUCUCUCCAAGGCAUGGAUUCGACAAGCGGAUCUCAGCCGUGCAGUCAUGGAUGGAACUCGGUUUGGAGAGUUGCCGUACUUGGAGGGGUCGGAGGAGGUCUGGUCAUGCGCCUUUUCGCCAGACGGCAAGUUUCUCGCGGCAGGUCUGGGGAACGGCAACAUCAGCAUCUACGACACUGCAACCUGGACAAGGAUUCAAGUAUUUCAAGGGCACCAAGAACGCGUUACAAGUCUGGCUUAUUCACCGAACAGUCAACAACUUCUUUACGGCAGCUGGGACAAUACAGCACGGCUUUGGAACAGCUUAACUGGAUCAACCGAUUUCAUUUUGGAGGGACACGCAGGCGUGGUGGGGGCUGUGGCGUUCUCACCAACGGGCCAGCAGGUCGCAUCGGCUAGUUAUGACGAAUCGGUACGACUCUGGGAUGCUCGGACCGGUGCUGCUGUUUUCGUCUUGACCGACGACACCCGCAUGGCUAACGGCAUUGCCUAUUCACCGGACGGAAACACCAUUGCCACCGGCGGGGAUAAGAUGAUCCGAAUAUUCGAUGCACUCACCGGAUUGCUUGUUUUGGAGGUUCCCAACGGCGACGAUUCAAUUAUGUGUCUGACAUAUUCACUUGAUGGCCAACGUAUCGCUACAGGCUCUUAUCCCGGCCGAUUGCAACUGUGGGAGGCAACAGCGACCCCUCUGGAGCCUGGACGGAAAUGGACGGCACACUCGAAUGGAGUAUCAAGCAUCGCCUUUUCACCCGACGACCGAUGGAUCGCCUCAUGCAAUAUAGACCGUACAGUGAAGCUGUGGGAAUCUCGUUCCGGCCUGCUUGUCUCGUCAUUCAUAAACCAUGUGAAAUGGGUCAACUGCGUUCGAUUUUCACCAAGUGGCACGUAUAUCGCCUCAGCAAGUGACGACAAGACUCUGCGGCUGUGGGAGGUGAACUCUUCAAGCCUAGGACUCGACUCUUACGACUUCCCAGGCCCACAGCUAUGCGCGACAUACUCUCCGGACGGACGGCAGCUCAUCACUAGCAGUGAACGGAGACCCAUGCAACAAUUCAGCACGGAUUCGGGCGACAUCGACUUUGUUUUUCCUGAUCACCUGUACAACAUAUAUUGCAUUGCAUUCUCCCCGGACGGUCUCCAAAUAGCCAUCGGCAGCGUUGAGAAGGAAGUGACUAUAUGGAGCGUUGAAUCCCGCGCUACUUCCUUUGUGCUUAGUGGGCACUGGUCUUCCGUGAAUUCUGUUGCCUUCUCACCUUGCGGUCGCUGGCUUGCCUCCGGAAGUAGCGACAAGACAGUGCGGGUUUGGGAUACUCGCUCAGGAGCAGUCGGUCGUGUUCUGAAUGGUCAUAACGGAGGUGUAAGGAGUGUUGCUUUUUCUCCGGAUGGUUGUUGGAUUGCGUCGACAUGCUAUAAUGGAAAGAUCCGACUCUGGGAGGUCAGCACAGGCGAGCUCAAGGCGGAUAAGUUGGUCGAUAUUGUUCAUUACAGAGAUAAUGUUGUCGUUUAUAAACCCGGCUGCCUCCAGGUGGCCUCUUGCCGCGGAGAUGGAACCAUUCGAUUGUGGGACGACGAUCAACAACUCCAAGGUUUCCGAUAUAUCGUGAAGCAGAAGCAGUACAUCCACAAUUUUGCGUUCUCAUCCUGCGGCCAGUGGGUAGCAACAACCCACGGCACCAGUGUUCGACUCUGGAGGCUGCCAUCCCCGGAUCACGAUCAGGAGGCGCUACCGUUGCAUGAUCAGGAUUGUGUGUCGGUCAUUGAAGGGUUCACAGCACCUGUUAACGACGUUGUUUGGAGACCCAACAGGUUGGAGUUUGCGACGGCAAGCUCUGAAGGAUCGAUUCGCGCCUGGCGGGUGGUGGAGGAUAAUAAUGGGUCAGGAAGAGUGUCCAUUCGUCUGUUGUGGUCUUCUGGACCUGCUGUGCUUGCCGCAUCAGGUGUCGUGCUUAAUGAUACCGUCGGUCUUAGUAACAUCAAUCACAAGCUACUCCAACAGCGCGGUGCUGUGACAACUUCAGAAUAA